AUGGCGUACCAAGGCCCAGGUCACAGCGUCUGGUCUGCCAUGAACUACACGCCGCCAAGAGGCCGCUGCAACUACAAGACGUCGAUGAUCUCCACCUGUGAAUGUUUGCGCUACAUGCUGCAUCCCGCUGCCACGAGUUUCGAUUGCGACGGAUGCGGCCACCAUGCGUCUUUCCACUCUCUCGAAAACAGCUUCGAGACUGCUAUCCUGGAGAAAUGGUCCGCUCAGCAGGAGUCCACUACCGGCGGUGCUACAAACACAGGCACCUCCAAGAAGCGACGCCGCAUCGUUGAGACGCGACAAGAUGACAUGGAGAUUCUGGAGCUGGCAGAGGACGAAUUUAUUGCCGCGAGCGGUGCGUCGACCACUCGCAACCUAGCGGGAACACCAGCAAAUUCACGCGCAUCGCGAAAAGGUGCUGGCGUUGUCAACCGGGCGAGUGCAACCUGAAGAGGUGAUAUUGCCACUUCCACCUAGCGAGAGAGCCGUCCUGCUUGGUAGUGAUGGCAAGGACAUGGACUGCCAAGCUUUGUGAUCUAGCAGUGGCAAGGAGACCAGAUGAAGCACAACGUGCAUUGCCACCGAUCCGGCUACUGGAUUGUCCCUCAGCGGAUAGUGGCAAUGAUCAAGGUUGCUCGGCAGAUUGCUGUCAUAUCCGACUACUCAUAGAUCAUAGGCCAGUGGAAAGGUUGCCACCAAGGCAGAGUGGUAUAAUUUGGGAUAUGCCCUGGCUCCUACAAGCGACGCUCUUCGCAGGUCCGCAUGAGGCGAAAGCCAGCAGCAGGUCUCUUGUGGACUGCACAUCUGCCCGAAGCUCUUACCUCCUACCUCCUAGGAGGUAGGAGAUGCACACUGGCACAAGCAGACGCAUGAUAUCAAGGAAACCUUCAUCCGAGCUCUCUAGUCUCCACUGCACUGUGAUCAACGCAAUCUUGUUAUUGCUCCCGUCACCGUGUCCGCGUAAUGGUCCCCGCGCGUGGUCUCCAUAUCAACUUCAGCCUUCUGCAGCAGCUGACAAAUGGGCGAUCGACAUUGUCAAGAAGCUUACACAUCUUAGCUACAUAGCUUGGCACGGAUGUUUAAAUGAAUGCAGCAAAGGUGGAGGUAGUGGGUGUAGUGUAGGUACGACGCUGCAUUCUCACAUCAUAUGCCAGCAGAACAAGUCUAGCAACGAGGUUCAUCUGGCUAGUACCCG